GGCAUGGAAAGUCAAGACAUAGUGGCAAAAAAAGUUCUGCAUGAAGGAUCUCUGUGAGUAAGAGCCCAGUGGAAAGAAGGAGCCAUCAAAGAAGGAUGUACUUUUCUCUGAAGGAAAGAGAGAACUUCCACUUUGCAUAUGACCCUGCCUAAAUACCGACGGAGUUUGUGGAUUCAAAAGGCUUCCAUAGCCUUGGCAGCUCAUGACAAUUGUCUCAGGUGGUCACUGGUAUCAAAAAUAAGUGUUACUCCUGCCUCAGAAUCAACCCUUGGGACAUUCGGAUCUGACUAAAAGGUCCAUGAGAAUCUCACAGGCAUGGAAAGCCAUGACACGGUGGCAAAAAACAAUAUAAAUGAAAGAUCCUGAUGAACAAGACCGCAGCAGAAGUAUCAGGCCAUCAAGGAGAGAGGCGCCUUUCUCUGAAGGGAGGAAGGAACCUCCACUGUGAUACGGCCUUGACUAAACAAAUUCAGAGUUGGUGAACUCAAGGGGCUUCCAUAGCCUAGACAGCUCAUAGAAAGAGUCUUGGGUGACUGCUGACAUCAUAAACAAGAGUGCCAAUUGUUAAAUCAACAACAGGAGUCACGUAGGAUCUCUGUUCUUAAUGUGUUUAACUAUGAAACUCAAAAACAACACUACUAGUCAAACAAUACCCUAUACCUGGUUCGGUUGUGUGAGUGCAGCCUGUUGAAAUCCCUGCUUAGUAUAUACUAAGUUGAUCUUCAGUAUAUGAAGGCCUUCCACAAAUGUUGGAGAAUAAAUGCAUGAAACUGCACAAAUUACAAAAUCUAUCUAAGCCUGCCUCCUCCUUUAUAAAAUUAUGCUUGACCUCCCUCAGAGGACAGUCACAAUGAUUGAGAGCUAUUUCUGCAAGGGUCAUCAAUACCCAGGGAUCCUAAGUCUGAGCUUAAACCUUUCCAAGUUCAAAAGGAGUUUAGUAGACAGAGAUUCUCACCAACUGAACAUAAGCAAGGACACCAGGCACAGAGAUACAAACUAUUAUAUCAAAUCCAGUCCCUAAAAUGGAAGAAGCCAAAAGCCAUAGUUUAGAGGAAGAUUUCGAAGGACAAGCCACACACACAGGACCCAAAGGAGUAAUAAAUGAUUGGAGAAAGUUUAAAUUAGAGAGUGAAGACAGUGAUUCAGUCCCACCUAGCAAGAAGGAGAUUCUCAGGCAAAUGUCUUCUCCUCAGAGCAAAGAUGACAAGGACGCGAAAGACAGACUGGGGAGGAAGAUGAGCAUUCAAGAAUAUGAACUGAUCCAUCAAGACAAAGAGGACGAAAACUGCCUUCGUAGAUACCGUAGACAGUGUAUGCAGGACAUGCACCAGAAGCUGAGUUUUGGGCCUAGAUAUGGCUUUGUGUAUGAGCUGGAAACGGGGGAGCAAUUCCUGGAAACCAUUGAAAAGGAACAAAAGAUAACCACGAUCGUCGUUCACAUUUACGAAGAUGGCAUAAAGGGCUGCGACGCUCUCAACAGCAGCUUAACUUGCCUUGCAGCAGAGUACCCGAUGGUCAAAUUCUGUAAAAUAAAAGCUUCCAACACAGGCGCUGGGGACCGCUUUUCCUCAGAUGUUCUCCCUACACUGCUCGUCUACAAAGGGGGAGAACUGAUAAGCAAUUUCAUUAGUGUUGCUGAGCAGUUUGCAGAAGAAUUUUUUGCAGGGGAUGUGGAGUCUUUCCUCAAUGAAUAUGGGUUACUACCUGAGAGAGAGAUGCAAGCCCUAGAGCAGACAAAUACGGACGAGGACAUGGAGUAAGGAUUCACUAUGUCAAUAUCUCAUAUUUACCCUGCACACACUGAAUGCUGAUUUCAGUAGUAUCCAUAUUCCUUUAGAGAACACCAAGUAUGGCCAUGCCUGCUCUAAUUCAGAAAAUAACACUAGUGACACUAAAAUUGUGUUAUUAGCAUUUCUUAGCAUUAGUUUAUUAAACUAAUACAAUGUUUUACUACAAAAAUAUUUUAGUCUUCAGUGAUUAUUGUCUUUGUUAGCAGACAUGGAUAAUAUUGUGACAUUCUUAAAAAACUCCUUCAAAUUAUGUGUUGGCUUUUUUAUUCUUUUUUUCUUCAAGAUUAUUAUUAUAUGUACAUUUUAAAUUACAUUAUUAAUUUUGCUUGCAUAGUAACAAUAAAAUCUCAUGAGGAAAUAAAA